AUGUUUCGCUAUUUGCCUGUUUGGCGAGGUGAAUGUUCAACGUGUCUUUCGUAUAAAAAGCAUACUACCUUACGUGUUGAAAAAAAAAUCGACCCAAAGGAUGACGCUGAGACGGAGGAGGCUAUAAAAGAGGAGGUAGCCGUGGCACCCGCGACUAAAGACGUCAAGUCGUGGUGCCAAUCCUGCUCCUCAAUCAAUCCCGCCGUUUCAACCUCAGGUAACUCUAUCUAUCUAUCUAUCUAUCUAUCUAUCUAUCUAUCUAUCUAUCUCAGUCUGAUCAUAUCUAUCUAUCUAUCUAUCUAUCUAUCUAUUUCAGUCUGUUUACAUUAUCUAUCUAUCUAUCUAUCUAUCUAUCUAUCUAUCUAUCUAUCUAUCUCAGUCUGUUCAUAUCUAUCUAUCUAUUUCAGUCUGUUCACAUUAUCUAUCUAUCUAUCUCAGUCUAUUCAUAUCUAUCUAUCUAUCUAUUUUAGUCUGUUCACAUUAUCUAUCUAUCUAUCUAUCUAUCUAUCUAUCUAUCUAUCUAUUUCAGUCUGUUCACAUUAUCUAUCUAUCUCAGUCUAUUCAUAUCUAUCUAUCUAUCUAUCUAUCUAUUUUAUCUGUUCACAUUAUCUAUCUAUCUAUCUAUCUAUCUAUCUAUCUAUCUAUUUUAGUCUGUUCACAUUAUCUAUCUAUCUAUCUAUCUAUCUAUCUAUCUAUCUAUCAUUAUCUAUCUAUUUUAGUCUGUUCACAUUAUCUAUCUAUCUAUCUAUCAAUGAGAAUUUUUCUCUUACCGAGUUUACCGCCAGCUGUACAAGACAUUUUCGUUACAUAUUCUUCGGAAAUCUAUCUAUCUAUCUAUCUAUCUAUCUAUCUAUCUCAGUCUGUUCAUAUCUAUCUAUCUAUCUAUCUAUCUAUCUAUCUAUCUAUCUAUCUAUCUAUCUAUCUAUCUAUCUCAGCCUGUUCAUAUCUAUCUAUCUAUCUAUCUAUCUAUCUAUCUAUCUAUCUAUCUGGGUUGUGGAAAAUUUAGCGGUUCCGAACGAGCAAUCGGUGGCCGAAUUCCAAGUUGUGCCGACUUCGUAA